UUGGACUAUCAUGAUUACGAGUAUGUCUCAAACAUUACCAUUGGAACACCACAACAACACUUUGUCAUCGUUCCUGACACUGGGUCCGCUGACCUAUGGGUACCUGGUCGUGAUUGCGACUCUUCGUGUAAAGGCAAACAUAAGUUUUCAAUGAAGGAUUCAAGUACCUUCGUUCACUCCAAAUCAAGAUGGGUCAUUAAAUAUGGUGACGGAGAAGCAAGAGGUGUUAAGGGCACGGACGUAGUUAGGCUUGGAGGAGAAAACGAGCCACAGCUUGUAAUACCUAACAGCGUAUUUGGCAUUGCAGAUCACAUCUCCCCAGAUUACAAAACGGACCCAACAGACGGUGUUUUUGGACUUGCAUUUGCGAGUCUUUCUUCAAUUAAGGGACUACCUCCACUGCUCAAUGCUAUCAAGCAAGGUCGGUAUUUUACAUCCCUUUAUCAGACAUUCUGUGGCAACUCUAUGAACGAAUGA